UUUAGAAAGGAAUGAUUCUUCGAACGGGUUCCCCUAUCUCUGGUUGCAGUUCUUUGUUAUUGUUUUAGUACGGACUGAUCGGAUAAAGAGAUAUACGUUAAAGGGUUUAGCGAGAAAAUACUUUUGAGCUCAGCCAUUUUUCGUCCGGCCAACAUGGCUGAGGAGGAGGAGGCUUUCCUUUUUCCCGUCCUGGUGGAAGCGAACUGGGGCGGCAAGCUUUCCAAAAAGGUGAAAAACAGUCUCUUGGUUUACUUCCAGAGUCCGAAAAGAUCGGGAGGAGGAGAGUGUCAAAUCCACGUGGAACCGGGCGAAAAGGAGCGGGUCGUGGUGUGUUUUGCUAAGGAAGAAGCGAGGCAGGGGGUCCUUAGAAUGAAGACCCAUGAACUUGAUCUGCCCCCAAAAAAGAAAUUAAAGCUGACUGUCUCCUUGCCUCCAGUGGCAGCAUCAACGGUUGAGAAUGAGCCCAUGGGAGAACUAAAUCCAAGUCAGGAGUCCAUUGUAGCUGAGGAGCCCAAAGAACCAGAAUGGCCAGAAGAUGUGGCAGAAAAGUUGGCAAACCAGGAGGAAUUCUGUGUGGUAAUAGUGACGCCUAUAGGGGAGGAGGUCGAUGAGGACAUUGUGGAAAUGUACUUUGAAAAUAAGAAGCGCUCUGGUGGGGGGCCCAUUAAGUCCUGUGUGAAAGAUGGCAAACAAUUAAUCAUCACAUUUGAAAGCAAAGAAGAUGCUGAAGAAGUUUUACAAAGGAAUAAUCAUGUAUUAAGGAAAACUGCACUUCAGGUUAGACAGCCCCAGAAGGAGGCAGCUCAAGCUUCCUCACAAGUGUCAGCUUCUCUCAUUGUUCUUGAGAAUCUGCAAGACGCUGCAGAAGAAUGCAUGCUAAUUCUGUUGGUAGAGAAUGUCAGUGGCUUAUCAGAAGAGGACAAGGAGUUCACUGUGGAAAUGAUACCUGAGAGCAAUACUGCUGUAAUUACUUUCAUCAAGCCUAUAGAAAUAGACGAAUUUAUCGAAAAAUUCAAUCAAUACCAUAUGGUUAAGCAACUAAACAUUUCUGCACACUCUUUGGAGGUGACUAAAAGCAUACUGGUUGAAAACAUCCCACCUGGCAUCUCUAGGGACUUCAUCUUUGUCUAUUUUGAAUGCAAGAAGAAUGGAGGUGGGCUGGUGUUGGAUGUUAACUACCUUCCCGAAGAGAAUUCAGCUAUGAUUACUUUUCAGGAUGGCAAAGAUGUAACUACCAUCUUGAAGCGGAAGCAUUCUCUUAACAAUGUGCCAGUUCUUGUUUAUCCAUACUAUGUCUCAUUGGGAGCAGCUCUGUAUGGGAAAGAGAAACCUCAAAUCAAGAUGCCGGACCUGAGUAGGCUGCCCAUAGAUCUCUACCGCUGGCAGUUUUUACAGCAGAAUCCACAACUACUUCAGGAAAUAAGCCGUGAAAUGGCAGGCUGCUAUUGUGAGAUAGAAUGGCCUGAUAGAUACUGCACACACCCAGAAAUUACUGUGCAUCCUUCGUGUGCCUUAUCUAAGCAAAAAAGAUCCUUGGUCAAGACAUGGAGUGAAAAUGUUUCUACCCAGUUGACACAGAUCCUGUCCAGACAGAAGAUUGCCAAAUGUGUAGUGAAUGCUGAGGUGUGGGAAGCCAUAAGAAACAGCAUAGUAAAAGAUGACAUUUUGAUCUUGCCAGAUAUUCCAAAGGGAAUAGUUGUCUUGGUGGGAGCAGCAGAAGCUGUGGAUCACUCACAGCAAGAAAUGAAGAUGCUCAUUGAAAAAGCUGCUGAAAAGAUUGAAAGAGAGAAGCAAACAAUAGAAGAAACUGUGUCAGUUGUUGCUGGAAAAUACACUAUUUUAAACAAUGCUGAGCUACAGAAUAGUAUUUACUUGGAGUACCCAGAUCUAAAGAUUGCAUAUGAUGCGUCAAAGGAGUGUAUAAUUCUGCAUGGUGUCACCAAUGAAGUUUUUAAAAUAAAAAGUGCCAUCCUUGAAAGGGUAUCCAGCAUUGACCAAAAAUCUGUUGACAUUCAUCCUUACAUUUUUCUUUUUCUGCAGUAUGUAGACAAUGAAUGUCUGUCGCAGUUCUUAUUCUGGGCCAAAAAAAUUAAUGCUUUCUAUGAGCUCAAGGAUGAGGCAGUUUUGCUAACUGGAGCAGAUCUUCAGGAUCUUCAAAGAGCUGAGGAAGAAAUGAAGAAAGAGUUGGUCUUCAAAUGUAUUGAGCUGGAGGACAAUUCGAUCCUCAGAAAGAGAGAGUGGAGGGAACUGACCAACAGUUUUUACAAGGCGGAUAAUUGUUUGAGUGAAGCCAUCAUAAUUCAUGAGCUGGAGAAUCAAAUAGUGAUUGCAGGUUGGUCUAGAGAGGUGGCUCUUGCCAAUGAGAAGCUCUCCAGUUUCAUAGAUAGCAACACGUACAUACAAAAAACCAUCAGGACUAAAUCUACCGCAGUUACAAUGUAUGUGGAAAAGGAGAAGCAUAAUAGUUGGCUUAACUUGGAGCAGCAAGGUAUGAAAAUCAAUUUUGGCACACGGGCAAAUCGCAGACUGAUUUCCCUUGAAGGACCCAAAGUAAAAGUGCUGAAGGGACUUGAGCUCUUUCAAAACAUACUGUCCUCUCUGUAUGCCACAAGCAUGACAAUUGAUAAACCAGGAGCCAAAGCACUCUUCAAAGAACAAGAGCACUUGUAUGUUGCUGGUGCAAAACAACAAUUUAACUGUUUGAUUAGGAUUCAAGAAGGCAUGGAAGAUGUAGAGCAGGGCAGUGAUGAGAGUGGACCUGAAGAAAAGAGACUGCCGUGUUGUGAAAUUAAACUAAAAGAUGGUGUUGUAGUAGCAGUUCAUAAGGGAGACCUGACCCGUUAUCCAGUUGAUGUUGUGGUCAAUGCUUCAAAUGAAGAACUGAAGCACAUUGGGGGCCUUGCAGAUGCACUGUUAAAAGCGGCUGGCCCACAGCUGCAAAGUGAGUGUGAUGACCUUGUGAGGAAGCAUGGGCGUUUGAAGCCUGGCUGUGCAAUUAUCACAGGGGCUUGGAACCUACCGUGUAAACAGGUGAUACAUGCAGUUGGGCCAAGGUGGAGCAGCUCUGAAAAGGAAAAAUGUAUACAGCUGUUAAAGAAAGCUGUGAGGGACAGCUUACAUCUGGCAGAGGUCUAUAACCAUCGCUCCAUAGCCAUCCCAGCCAUAAGCUCUGGGAUUUUUGGAUUCCCACUAAAAGAGUGUGCCCGUUCCAUUGUAACAUCCAUCAAGGAAACUUUGGAAGAAUCUCCUGAGACUGGCUGCCUGAAAGAGAUAUGCCUUGUGGACGCUAAAGAAGAUACUGUUCGGGCGCUCUCUGAGGCAUUGAAUGAAAUAUCCAUAGACAAAUCGCUCCCUUCUAAAUGGUCCUCAGCCUCCAAAACUAAGAACCACACCACAAAUGAACAUCAAGGAGUAACUACUCCUGAAGGUCUGAAAAUAGUAUUACAGAAAGAAGGAAUUGAAGAUGCCACAACUGACAUUAUUGUCAACAGCGUUGCCAGAGACCUGCAGCUUGACAAAGGUCCCCUCUCUAAGGCUUUGCUCGCCAGAGCAGGAGAGGAACUCCAGGACGAAUUGACCAAAGAAGGACAAGGAAAAGACAUUAAAGAGGGCUGUGUGUUAAAAACAAGUGGCUAUGCUUUGGGUUGCUCUUACGUGCUGCAUGCCAAUUUACCUAACUGGAAUCAGGAUAAAAAAUCUCAGAUCUUGGGGAACAUUGUUGAAGAGUGCCUGAAAAUCACUGAACAGCUCUCUCUGAAUUCCAUCACCAUUCCAGCCAUUGGGACUGGUAACUUACGAUUUCCCAAGCAAUUUGUUGCUAAAGUGAUGUUUGAUGAAGUGUUCAAAUUCAGCAAAACAGAAAAUCUGAGAUUUCUUCAAGAAGUUCACUUUGUACUGCAUCCAAGUGACACCGGCACCAUCAAGGCGUUUACAGAUGAACUAAAUGCCAGGCUGAAUUUAACCCAAACUAGCUCUUCAGUGUCUGAGAGCUCUCAACAGCUAGGUCAAGUCUCCUUUGUGCAUAUUUCAUCUCCAGCAUCUGGAGUUCAUAAAAUGCAAAUUGGCCCAAUUACGUUGCAGGUGGAAAGUGGAGAUAUCGCCCAGGAAAUUACAGAUGUGAUUGUGAACAUAACGAAUGACACAUUUAAUCUUAAAGUUGGUGUUUCCAAAGCAAUUCUGGAAAGUGCUGGACCAGAGAUGGAAAAGGAAUGUGCUCAGCUAGCCACCCAGCCUCACAACAAUCUCGUAUGUACGCAGGCAGGAAACCUGAAGUGUAAAAAUAUUAUCCAUCUUGUGGCCCAAAAUGAUACCAAAGCACAAGUCUCCAAAGCUCUCCUGGAAUGUGAACAAAGGAAGUUUUCAUCUAUUGCCUUUCCUGCAAUUGGGACAGGUCAAGCAGGACGUGAUCCAGUUGUGGUAGCUGAUGAUAUGAUAGAUGCCAUAGUUGACUUCGUUAGUCAAACAUCUGACCCGGUGGUAAAGAAUAUUAAAAUAAUAAUUUUCCAGCCACAUCUUCUAAGUGUUUUUUUUGCAAGUAUGCAAAGAAAAGAAGUUUCAGCUAGCAAGCAUAGUGGCACACACUCAUCAAAAUCCUUUUUAUCUAAAGUAGCAGAUUUCUUUACCUCCUUCAAAAAACCUGAGGAAGUUAAACCUGUAUUGCUUUUGGAGAGAACUGUAGAGCCAACCAUUUUUCAGAUUUGUGGUGAAAGCUGGAAAAAUGUGGAAAGGACAGAAUCAUGGAUUAGAAAUCUGAUUUUAAAGGACCAGACAGAAACAGUUGUCUCAGAUGAAUGGAUCUCAAACUUUGGAGAAAGUGAAUAUGAGACCCUGAGAGAUCUCCAGAUAAAGUUGCAUGUUGUCAUUAAGCUAGAGCAUGUAGGUGCUUCUCCAUCCCUCCAUGUCUUUGGUAUAACGAAAGAUGUCUUGAGGGCCAGUGCAGAAAUUCAAAAAAUGAUCAGAAAGGUACGAGAGGGCAGAGAGGAGCAGUCCAAAGCAGAUCUUCUCAGCAAUAUAGUAGAGUGGCGGUAUGAAGACAAUGGGAAGUACAAAGCCUUCGAUAACCUGACAAAUAUGCACCUAGAAUCUGCAGCACAGCAUCAGAAGCCGCAUGAAAUAACUAUAAAGAAGAAACAAUACAGAGUGGACCCAAGUAAACUGUGUGCAGUGGAUGACCUGGGGACAAGCAUUACUCUUCGCCGUAUCUCAAAAGUAGAAGAUAAUCUGGCGAUGGCACUUCCUGAGCAGUGGGAAGACAUGGAACAAACGCGUGUCAAAAUAGUGGCGCUACAAUCAGAAAUGGAGGAAUAUAUAAAUGUCAAGACGAUGUUUUGCCUGACUUGCAAAUCAUUUACUAUUGAAAAGAUUGAGAGGAUCCAAAAUCCCUACUAUUGGCAGGCAUACCAAAUAAAAAAGCAGGAGAUGGAUGACAAAAACGGCAAUACGAAUAAUGAGAGGCAACUUUUUCAUGGAACAGCUUCUGCAUCAUUAACCCUCAUAAAUAACUCUGGGUUUAAUCGGAGUUACGCAGGGAUGCAUGCUGCAGCAUAUGGAAAUGGGACCUAUUUUGCUGUUGAUGCCAAAUAUUCUGCUCACGAUAUUUACUCAAAACCAGAUGCUAAUGGAACAAAGUACAUGUACCUCGCCCGAGUACUUGUUGGAGAAUACUGUGCUGGAUCAGCAGGAUUAGUUGUACCAAAACCAAAAAAUGCAACAGAUCCUACCGAUCUGUUUGACAGUGUGACUGACAAUGUCACCAAACCUGCCAUGUUUGUCAUAUUCAAUGAUAUCCAAGCUUAUCCAGAGUAUCUUAUUACUUUUAAGAAAUAAACAUUUCUUUAUCAUGCACUUCCAUACCCCCCAAAAUUUUCUCUUGAUUUGUGCUACUAUGCACUAGUACCAUAUUGUGUGUUUAUAGGUUACUAAAUAAAUGAAUACUGAUUUGGA